AUGAAGCUCACACUUGGGUUCACAGCUGUCCUGGCCGGGUGUGCGGCUGCGGCAGCGGCAGCCCCCGCCGCCGACGUCUACAUCCUGUCCAACGACGAGGCCGCCGUCGAGUCGAACCUGUCCGUCUCCCCCAGCGAGGCGCGCCUCAUUCUCCUCCAGAGGCUCGCCCCCGCCGGCAGGGGUGCCUCGACUGCCGAAAUCCCCCACUCCGCCGACACGGAGACUCUCGUGACCCUGCUCAACAAGUAUGGCGGCGGCGGUGCCGAACAGCCCCUGUUCAUGCCGUCCCAGUCGCAGCAGCAGCCCAGCCAGCUGGUUGUCAUGCUCGAGGGCAUGACGGACGAGCAGAUUGAGGAGACGGGACACGAGCUCAACACCAAGCCCAGCUUCACUAUUGCCGACGCCCCCUCGCCCAAGGCCAACGACAAGUUCGUCUCUGACGACAUUUACGCGCACGCUGGCGUCUCCAGCAACCACGAGUGCUCUGUCAAUGAAAUUACCAACCCCUUUGAAGAGCGCUGCUGGAGCGGCAGAUCCACCGUGGCCAAGUACAACGUGCAAAAGAACCCCGAGAUUCUCUCGGAUCUCACCCGCCAAAUCUCCAACCUCGCCAAGCUCGCACGCUCCGGCGAGAUGGAGACGACUCUGGUCCUCUUCCCCGCUUCUGCCUCGGCCAAGAAGUGGUCUGAGGUGACCCUGCACCGCCGCCAGUCGACGUCUGAGCAGGUCAUCUCUUCUUCCUACGCAAAGGCCUACGCGCCCGACGUGUCGUCGUCGCCCAAGGAGGAGGACCAUUCCGUCUUCUACAAGUCGUCCGGCGCCUCGACGUCGGCCUCGAUCCCCGCCUGCUUCUCGUCCGAGGACAGCUGCGUCACUGCCACGGGCAACUGCUCCGGACACGGCAGCUGCACCAACAAGUACGGCAGCAGCAGCAAGGACUCGUGCUUCGCGUGCCACUGCCUCAGCUCCAUCAACGAGGAGUCGGGCAGCCUGACCCACUGGGCCGGCAAGACAUGCAGCAAGGAGGACGUCAGCGUCGCCUUCUGGCUCUUUGCCGGCUUCACCCUCGUCAUGGUCUUCAUCCUAACUACGUGCGUCGGCAUGCUCUACAGCGUGGGCGAGGAGAAGCUGCCCGGUGUCCUCGGGGCCGGUGUUUCCAAGUCGUCGUCUUGA